CCUCUUCUUUCUCCUCUCCGUGCACUAUAUAGUACCGUUGCCUCCUUUCUCUUUGCUCUUUGACUGCCUCUCACCGACCUCAAGGCCUCAGAGAUUCGAAGUCGAUUUCGAACUCUGCAACAGCAAUUGAUGAGCGAGAUGGAGCUCCAUCGGGAAAGUUCGGGACAAGCGUUGGAGUUGAAUCGUGGAAAACGUUCGUGGAGUUUGGAAGAUUCUGAUAGCAAUGCACUAAUCUUGCCUGAAAAGAAAAGGAACAAAAAGAAAGGUGUUGAAAAGGAAUGCAAAAGAAUUAAAAUGGAUAAGAAUCCCAAGCUGAGCAAAGCUCAGAAAAGGAAGUUGAAGAAGUUAGAGGAGGAAAAGGAAAAAGCACUUUUGCUGUCAAAAAGCAUUGAGACCUUGGAGAAGUACAAGCUUCCGGAGGACGCAUUUCAUCUUCUGCAGUCUUCACGGGAUAUUGGUCGUGUUAGUAUAGCUGAAACCAUGAAGGAAAAACAUAGGAGGGCUGUGCACUUUUCUAAGGCAGGAUUAGAAGUUCCAGAUUGGGACAAACCUUUUGAAAGAAAGGGCGGUGAUUCUUCCACUGGUGGAACUGAACUUGAGGUGGACAGAAUUUCUUUAAGGCAGGAUUUCAACGAGGAUGAUUCAUUGCAACCAAUGAUACUUAGAGGAGAAGCCCCAAAGAUUCUGUCUAAAACAGACAAGCUUCCUUCAAGGAAGGAUUUCAACAAGGAUGAUUUAUUCCAACCAAUGAUCCUGAAAAGAGAAUCCCAGAAUUAUGAAUCUGUUCCUUUGGACUCUUCUCAAGGGGCAGUGCGGUGCAUUGAAAACAGUGGAUCAGAUAAGGCAGAUGUGAGCCAAAAGGUUGAUCACAGCAGGAAUUUUAACACACAAGGUUGUCCUGCUCAAGAACCUUUAACUAUCCCAACUGUUGUGCAUGUAUCUAGGCCGAAUGAGAUUCAGAACACUAGGAAGGAUCUUCCAAUAGUCAUGAUGGAGCAGGAGAUAAUGGAAGCUAUAAAUGAUCAUUCAGCUGUGAUCAUAUGUGGAGAGACUGGGUGUGGUAAAACUACUCAAGUUCCUCAGUUUCUUUAUGAAGCUGGCUUUGGUUCAAGCCAGUCCAGUACUAGAAGAGGUAUUAUUGGUGUUACUCAACCGCGCCGUGUUGCUGUACUUGCCACUGCCAAGCGAGUGGCAUUUGAGCUUGGUUUCCAUCUAGGUCAAGAGGUUGGGUUUCAAGUUCGGUAUGACAAGAGGAUUGGAGAGAGUUGCUCAAUCAAGUUCAUGACUGAUGGAAUUUUACUACGAGAAGUUCAGAAUGAUUUUUUGCUGAAGCAUUAUUCUGUCAUAAUUCUUGAUGAAGCUCACGAGAGAAGCUUGAACACAGACAUACUGAUUGGAAUGCUUUCUCGUAUAAUUAAAAUUCGCCAGGAUGAAUAUGAGAAGCAGCAACAAAUUGUGCGUACAGGACAAAGUGUAAGUCCAGAUGAUGUGAUUUCUCCAUUAAAACUUGUGCUGAUGAGUGCCACCUUGCGAGUGGAAGAUUUUAUUUCUGGGAGAAGGAUAUUUAACGAUCCUCCACCUGUUAUAGAAGUUCCAACUAGACAGUAUCCGGUAACCAUACACUUCUCAAAGAGAACGGAGAUCUUUGAUUAUAUUGGUCAAGCGUAUAAAAAGGUCUUGGCAAUUCACAAGAGGCUGCCACAUGGGGGUAUACUUGUCUUUGUCACUGGCCAGAGGGAAGUAAACCACUUGUGUCAGAAGCUAUCUAAAGCUUCAAAGGAGCUGGUUAUGAAAACAUUAAGGAAGGAUGUUGGAACUGAUGGCACUGGGGUCUCCCAAACAAAAUCUGUUGAAGACAUAAAUAUGAAGGAGAUUAAUGAUGCAUUUGACUUUGAUGGGAAUUCAAUUCACCAGUAUACUGACAGGUUUAGCUCUUAUGAGGAAGAUGAGUGUGAUAUAGAUGAGGAUGAUUCAGAUGUUUCUUAUGAUUCGGAAACAGAGAGUGAACUGGAAAUUGAUGAUGAUGUUGAUGGGGACCCAUCCCGUCAGACCACCAAAGAGGAUGAUAGUAAUCUAUUAAAUGUUUUAGGGGAGGAUGGGAGCCUUGCUUCACUAAAAGCUGCUUUUGAAGCUUUGGCUGGGAAACCUGCAUUAAACUCUUCUGAUGGUAAACAUGCCCCUCUUUCUAGUUCAGAAGGGUGCUUAGACCAAUCCAAUCCAAGCAUAGGGAACAAAAGGGGGGGAAAAGAUCCAAGCAUAGGGAACAAAAGGGGGGAAAAAGGUUUCUGUGCUGGUACAUUGCGCGUUCUGCCUCUUUAUGCCAAGCUGUCUGCUGCUGACCAGCUUUGUGUUUUUAAAGAAGUAAAGGAAGGAGAGAGACUUGUGGUUGUUGCCACUAAUGUGGCUGAAACCUCUAUAACUAUCCCAGGCAUCAAGUAUAUUGUUGAUACCGGGAGAGAAAAGGUGAAGGCCUACAACUCCUCUAAUGGCAUGGAAACAUACCAAGUACAGUGGAUAAGUAAGGCAUCGGCUGCUCAACGUGCAGGAAGAGCUGGAAGAACUGGGCCUGGCCACUGUUAUCGUCUCUACUCUUCUGCAGUUUUUAGUAAUAUACUUCCUGACUUUUCUCUUGCUGAAAUAUCUAAAAUGCCAGUUGAUGGCGUUGUCCUCCUCAUGAAAUCCAUGCGUAUCGAUAAGGUUCAAAACUUUCCAUUUCCAACUCCUCCCAAGAUCACUGCAUUGGUUGAAGCAGAGCAGUGCUUGAAGGCUCUAGAAGCUCUUCAUAGCAAUGGCAAAUUGACACCCUUAGGGAAAGCCAUGGCUCGUUUUCCCAUGAGUCCACGCCACUCCCGGAUGCUCCUUACCGUUAUUCAGACUAUGAGGAUGGUGAAUUGUUAUGCCCGUGCAAAUCUAGUUUUGGGAUAUGCGGUUGCAGCAGCUGCAGCUUUGAGUUUGUCAAAUCCUGUUGUCUUGCAGUUUGAAGGAAGUGAUGUGAAUAAAGAUGACCUAGAGCAGGAUGAGAAAUCUGGUGCUCAAGUUGAUGGGGAAGUCAUUGGCAAGCAAGAAAAAUUGAGGAGAAAGAAACAGAAAGAAACUGCAAAAAUGUUCCGUGCAAAGUUUUCGAACCCUAACAGCGAUACUCUGACCAUAGCAUAUGCACUGCAGUGUUUUGAACUCUCCGGCAGCCCAGUGGAAUUCUGCAAUGACAAUGCAUUGCACCUGAAAACCAUGGAGGAAAUGUCCAAUCUACGAAGACAGCUACUUCAACUGAUCUUUGAAAAAGGCCUUUGUGGCACUGAGCAGGAUUUCUCUUGGAUUCAUGGAACUCAAGACGAAGUAGAACGUGCUUGGAGAGUUUCCUCCAAUAAUCCCCCUCUUUUGCUUAAUGAAGAAGAGCUCUUGGGCCAAGCUAUCUGUGCUGGAUGGGCAGAUAGGGUUGCCAAACGCAUUAGAGGAGCUUCAAGACUGUCAGAAGGAGACACAAAAACACAUGCAGUACGGUAUCAAGCUUGUAUGGUAAAAGAAACUGUGUUCCUCCAUCGUUGGUCAUCUGUUUCUAGUUCGGCCCCUGAGUUCUUGGUUUACAAUGAAUUGCUACAGACAAAACGACCAUACAUGUAUGGUGUGACAAGUGUGAAACCAGAUUGGCUUGUUAAAUAUGCCAGCUCUUUGUGUACCUUCUCCUCAGUCCUUACAUAUCCCAAACCUUAUUAUGAGCCUCAAUCUGACCAAGUAUUCUGUUAUGUCAUUCCUACUUUUGGGCCUCAUUUAUGGGAACUUCCCCUGCAUAGUUUGCCAAUCACAAAUGAUAUGCAACGAGUGACAGUUUUCGCUUAUGCUUUGCUUGAAGGAAAAGUGUUACCAUGCUUAGGGUCUGUUCGUAAGUUUAUGUCAGCCCCUCCUAGUAGCAUUUUGAGGCCAGAGGCAUCAAGUCAAAAAAGGGUCGGAAAUCUUUUGAACAAGUUAAAGACCAAAUUAAUAGAUAGCUGCUCUAUGUUAAGAGAGGUCUGGAUGGAGAACCCUAACGAGUUGCAUUCAGAAAUUCUGGGCUGGUUUCAGGAGAGUUUCCACAAGCACUUUCAAGUUCUUUGGUCAAAAAUGCAUGGUCAAAUUCUUUUAGAACCUCAAGAACGCUUCCCCAAAAGAGGAAGAGUUAAAAGCAAAAGCAAGAAGUGAUCUUCUUGUGUAAAAGCUGGACUGCAAGUACUAUAAUUAUUUAAUCUUGUCGCUCUUCGUAUAUCUGAAAGAGCUGGAGCAAGGUCUGAAAUGAGAAAAGGAUAGAAGAUCAGUACAUUAAUGACCUGUUGACUGAAACUUCAUUGCAGUGGGUGAUUUUAGUGAACUCACACAGGUAACCACAUAAACCCAUUUUGUCUUCCUUUUAGUUCAAAGAAUUAGGAAAAAGGUAAAAAAAGGGUUUCUACACUUGUUUAAUUGUUGAACUUGUUGCAGCUUUCAUUGGAUUUCUUAGAAUGGAUGGACAUUAACAUAAUAGACAUCAACUGCUUGUGAAACCAAGAUUAUCUUCAAGUUUUAUACUUUGUUAUUUAUGCUUUAUUGCUGCAAUGCUGAGGCUACUGUGAUGAGCUCAUGGAUUUUCAGUUAUUUAAGCUAGUUUAGUUU